AUGACGCCCACCCGGCGGGCUCCCGCGCACCGCCGCGCCUCGGUCCUCCUGCUGGCCGGCGGGUUCGUCGCUUUCGUGCUGGUCCUUGUGGCAGUGGAGUCCUGGUGGCAAGUGGAACCAACUCUGAACCGCCGCCGAGCGUCAGCGCUCUUCCACCACCCCCUGCACCAGCGGCCAACUAGCGCCAAGCGGGCAUUCGACUAUCUUCUAGAGGCUGCGGCCUGGGAGGCGCCCAGCUACCCGCAGGCGUGCCGCGAGCGGUACCACGGCCUGCCCUUUUUGCGCACUAUCAACGCCUCCUGGCAGCAGCCGGUGUGCACGCCGCAGGCCGCAGGCCCGCUGAACAGCAGCAUCAGCUGCUGGUUCCAGUUUGACAGAUACAGCGAGGCCUACUGCACGGGCGCCAACCUGGCGCUGGAUCUGGUCAAGUUUGAGGAGGAGGAGGCCUCGAUACCCAGGCAGACGUCCAACCGGGGCGACGACGGCGGGUUCAAAUCCUACAAGCGGCUGGGGGUUCCCGGGGAGCUGGUGGGGGACUGCCAGCUGCACGGCAAGGUGGCGGGAGAGGACAAGUGGCAGGAGGAUUCCUUUGGGCAUGGCGGCCAGGAGUGGCUGUACCGUAGCUUCAAAUCCUCACUAGGAGAGGCGCAGCAGCCGCGGUGUGUGGCCUGGGUGUCUCACCCUGCGUACUUUCUUAACGACAAGUACGACAGCCUCAACCCCUGGCAUGCCCUGGAGGAUGUGACCCAUGCCUUUGAGGCGUACGCGCUCAAAGGCUGGGGCCGAGAGGCGCAGGUGAUAGUGCUGGACCAGGUCACCCCGCAGAGCGUGCUGGGCCCAACCUACCUGGCGGUCUGGGAGAAGGCCUUUAGCCCCCUGCACCCGCCCGCCCUGCUGCGCACGCUGGCAGAGGAGGCGGCAGCCAAGGCCAAGGCGGCGGGCGGCGGGCAGCUGCCGCCGGGCGCGGCGCUGUGCUUCACAGGCAAGCCGGCCGGCGGCGCCGGCGCGCCGGGCUGCCACGCCUUCUUCAGCGUUCACGGCGGCAUCUCGCUGCUCUCCCGCUCCAUCGCCGCCUGGACUCCCUGCCCAAACAGCACCACGGUUAACGCCAUGGUGCGCUUCAUGCUGGACGGGCUGCGCCUGAGCGACGUGCGGCCGGCCAGCCAUGCCGCACUGCUGCAAGGCGCCCAGGGGCAGCAGCAAGCAGGCCAAGGGCAGCAGCAGCGGUUAGGGCAGGGCCAGCAGCAGCAGCAGCAGCAGCAGCCGCCAGGUCAGCCGAGGGAGGCCAGCGGGCGCAUGCGCGUGGUGUGGGCGCUGCGCUCCACGCGGGCCGGCUUCCAGCGCGAGAUGCUCGACGCACUGCAGGAGCGCAUCCCCAAAGAGACCGGGGCUGAGGUGGUGGCGGUGGAGUUUGGCGGGCUGAGCAUGGAGGAGCAGAUCCGGCGGGUGCGGCAGGCGGAUGUGCUGGCGGGGUACCACGGCGCCGCGCUCACGCUGGCGUUGUACAUGAGCGAGCCGUCGGGGCUGGUGGAGGUGGAGGGGUCGUUCCGGUGCACCUGCUACACCAACUGCGCGCUGUGGCGGGCGCACCCCUACACCCUCAUCAAGACCUCUGAGUUUGCCGAGAAGACGGAGGGGGACCUGGUUGAGCGGGUGGUGGAGGCGGUGAAGGAGAUGCUGGGGCGGGUGGCCAAACGCAUCCAGGACGGCGCCUGA